AGCAAGAUGGCGCGCGGGGCUCGCGCCCCCCUGAGUAAGAUGGACGCGCAGAGGGCGACCCUGGCAGCACGUGUGGGCGGUACAGUACACCACCACGGCCACAGCACGUGUGUGCGUGUGUGUCCGCUGUGUAUCUAGCAGUGGAGAAGGCACUGUAUGUAGAGGGUACACACAACUGACUAUUGUCGGCGGGCGAGAGCGGAUCGGUCUCACAGAUAACCGCACGCCGAGUCGCCUGCUGUACGCGUGAGUGUUGCACACGCGAACACGGGGUUUGUUCGCGUAGCCUUACACAGAACAUCAACAACAAUGGUGAUGUUGGUAUUGUUACAGCGCGCACAGUUUCUGUUCACUCGGAGAGAGAGCGAGCGAGCGCGCGAGUCAGAGGCGCGGUAAGCCACAGGCGAGCGGAGAGUGCAGCCUGCAGAAUCGGCGCCAGGAACUCCCAAGCUCUGUGGUCCGAUGUUGCGAUGUUUGCCCAGCUCCAUCAGUCAUGCUGCUGAGGCUGCCGUCGCGCCUGCGGCCCCCCCGCGUGCCGUGGGCCCCCCACUGCUGCGCGUGGCCCCGGCCGGGCUGCGGGAUCCCGGCCCGGAGCAUCUACAGCGAGACGGGGCAGUGGGAGAAGAGGUACACGGCGGAGACGCGCGCCAAGGUGGAGCGCUGGUGGAGACCCAGGAUCCAGCAGAUCUGCAAAGAGCUGUCGCGCUCCUCGGCUGAGAGGCCCAAGAGCUACGUGCUCUCCAUGUUCCCGUACCCGUCGGGGAGGCUGCACAUGGGGCACGUGCGCGUCUACACGAUCAGCGACGCCAUCGCGCACUUCCAUCGCAUGAACGGCAAACAGGUGCUGCACCCCAUGGGCUGGGACGCGUUCGGGCUCCCCGCGGAGAACGCGGCCAUCGAGCGUGGCCUCGACCCCGAGGAGUGGACAACGAGCAACAUCGCCCACAUGCGGACUCAGCUGCAGAACCUGGGCCUGUGCUUCGACUGGGACCGCGAGAUCUACACCUGCAAGCCGGAGUACUACAGGUGGACUCAGUACCUGUUCGUCAAGCUCUUUGAGGCUGGCCUGGCGUACCAGAAGGAGGCGCUGGUGAACUGGGACCCCGUGGACCAGACGGUGCUAGCGGACGAGCAGGUGGACGAGUCCGGUCGGUCGUGGCGCUCUGGAGCCGUGGUGGAGCAGCGCUACAUCCGUCAGUGGUUCCUGCGCACGACCGCCUACGCCAAGGCGCUGCUGGACGGGCUGCGGGAGCUACCGGCGUGGCACGGCGUGCGUGCCAUGCAGGCCAACUGGCUGGGGGACUGCUCCGGCUGCUUCCUGCACUUCCCCCUCGAGGUGGGCGGCGAGCCGACCGGCGAGGUCCUGCCGGCCUUCACGUACGCGCCGGAGGCGGCGCACGGCGCGUCGCACCUCCACCUGCUGCGCCGACACCGGCUACUGCACCCCAAGAGCCGGCUGCGCGCAGCGUUCGGCGGUGGCGACGUCUCUCCGGACACCGACGUCCUGACCCAGGUGAAGGCCGUUCACCCCUUCACCGGACAACGGAUCCCCGUCGUCAUUGCCGCCAGCUCGGAGUUCGAAGGUUACCUGGAGUGCAUGAUAGGAAUCCCCGGCGCAUCCCCCGAGGACGCCGCCGUCGCCGAGAAACUGGGCCUGGAGUGCACGGCCGUCUUCGAGAGCCUGCCCGACGGCACGGAGCGAGUCAUCAACUCCGAGCAGCUGUCGGGGCUGGAGCGGGGGGCAGCACGCGACGCGGCAAUGCUCCUCGCGCGCCGGCUGGGUGCCGGGGGCCACGCGACCAGCGCCAAGCUGCGCGACUGGCUGGUGUCGCGCCAGCGCUACUGGGGCACGCCCAUCCCUGUGGUGCACUGCGCCGGCGCGUGCGGCGCCGUGGCCGUGCCACCCUCGCAGCUGCCCGUGCAUCUGCCCCGCGUCGCCACGUUCACGGGCAAGGGCGCGUCGCCCCUGCUCGCCGCCACCGACUGGCUGCACUGCCGGUGCCCCAAGUGCGGCGGCCCGGCGCGCAGGGAGACGGACACCAUGGACACCUUCGUGGACUCGGCCUGGUACUUCCUGCGAUACACCGACCCCGACAACGACACGAGUGCGUUCUCGCGUGCCCGUGCCGACCGCUGGAUGCCGGUGGACGUGUACGUGGGGGGCAAGGAGCACGCGGUGAUGCAUCUCUACUACGCACGCUUCCUCAGCCACUUCUGCCACGACCAGGGCAUGGUGGCCACCAGGGAGCCGUUCCGGAGGCUGCUGGUGCAGGGCCUCAUCAAGGGCCAGACGUUCCGCCUCCCGUCCACCGGCCAGUUCCUCCCGCGCAGCGAGGUGCUCGUCAGCGGCGACAAAGCGACGCACCGCUCGACGGGCGAGGCGCUGGAGGUGACGUGGGAGAAGAUGAGCAAGUCGAAGCACAACGGCGUGGAGCCGGACGAGGUGCUGGCCGCCUACGGCUUGGAUACGGCCCGCCUGUUCCUGCUGUACGCCGCGCCGCCCGAGCAGGACCUGCUGUGGGACAGCAAGACGGACGCACUGCCCGGCGUGCUGCGCUGGCAGGUGCGACUCUGGGCCCUGGUGUCACGCCUCGUGGCCGGCAGGGCGGCUGUGGGGGUGCUCGACGCCGGCCUGCUGUCCGGCGACGAGAGGGUGGAGGCCGCGACGAUCCGCGAGCAGAGGAACCUCACCGUCCGCAAGGUGACGGCCGUGUUCGAGGAAGAAUUCCUCCUCAACUCCGCCAUCUCCAGGCUCAUCGGGCUCUCCAACGUCCUCACUAACGCGUCUGCGCGCGUGGCGCUGCUCAGCGAGGAGUACGAGGAGGCACUCGCCACGCUGUGCCUCCUGCUGGCGCCGCUCGCGCCGCACCUCGCCUCCGAGCUCUGGAGAGGCGUGGGCAGCGUCCCGCACAAGCAGACGGGGCGGAGGUUCGAGUGGGACCGCGACGUCCUGCAGCACCCGUGGCCCACGGCCAGCUCUGAAGUCGUGGAGCGGGAGCCCGGCAUCGUGAACGUGACAGUCCGGGUGAACAACGUGGCGGUGGGCUCCGUGCCGGUACCGCGGGAGGUGGCCGGCGACGCGGAGGCGGUGCGCAGCGCCGUGCUGCUGAGCGCACUCGGGGCCGAGCACCUGGCCGGCCGCACCAUCCACAGGGCCAUCCUGUCACACCGCACGCCCCUCAUCAACUUCCUGGUGGAGCGGGAGGAUCCCUGAGCCCCCCCCACCUCCCUCUCAAGAGGGCCGACCUUGGGACCACGCGGGGGAAUCUGGAACCGCUCUGCAGAGGAGCAGAAACGGGAGACGGGGCGACGAGUGAGAUGACAGCUCAAAGGGACGAGCAUGAAGUGGAAGGGUUUUUCGUCGUAAUUUUUUUAGAGCAAAUUGUGUCAACUUCAGCAACCUACGAGCAACGCUGCACCGCUGCUCCGUGCUCAAGGACCCCCCCCCCCUCCCCGUUGUGAACCCAGUCCGGGAGGAAGGAGAACGAGCUCUGUCUUCCCACAGUGGAAAUUCUGCGAUCCGACAAGACGGCCCGAGUCCUCGCGAAGACCCCAAAACCUACACGGGAGCAUGGGAGGGCAGACAGAGCAGCCGAGGCGGAAUGCGGAUUCCUCCCCCGUUAGCCGUGCCGGGAGAGUUGACGCAAUCUGGACGAGACGCCCGUAUAAUUACGGCUUGCAUUAGCAUCAAGCUAUUUAAAAUGCUCUUGCCAAAUCAUAAUGGGGGUUGGGUGAUGAGGCCUCGCUCGAGGCUUUGGUGUCGUGGUCUCGGGGAUUAUGGACGUAAGGGUUGCGAACUCAGCGCCGCGGUUUGAGUUUGGAUGUCGCAUGUCGGUGGUAGCAAGAAAGAACCUGGCGCUGAAGCUGUGUUCGUCUUUGACGCGUUGCAUUUGACACCAACUGGCAUGCAGUAGCCUAGCAUGGCUGUCCGAUACCCCCUCCCUCCUCCUCCCCCUUAGUAACCUGGCACCUGAACCCUUGUGGCCCGUGGGCCCCAGUGCACUUGUACCGCCUGCACACCCGGCAGCUACGCCACUGGUGCUCGCCGUCAACUGUGUCGCGUUGUGCUCAACACUCCCGCACAUCAUCACCGCCCGUGUAUCGUCGCUUUGCAGAUCACGUUGUGUGAUAAUUCAGCACAAGCUGAUGUGAUGGCGCUUGGGGGGCAUGGGGGGCGGGCGGUAUGCGGUAAGUAUGGCACGACACUUUUAACUCAGAAUAUUUAUACUGGAGGAAUCCGAUGAGCUAUAAAGCUCCGUUUCACAUAUGUCCAGUAGGGGCGGGUAAGAACGUUACAACAAACUACAAAAAAACAAAUCACUCGAACACAUUCAAAUAAAACUAAACCAUCCCCAUCGUACCAGGCAAAGGCCACUGAGGUAUUAACUGCUACGAGGAUUCGCCUCUCAACGUGUUGUUCAGGAAGCUGCAACGAGCACCGGCGAAUGACAACCGAGAGCCCGGCAGAGAACGCUGUGGAAGUUGGCAGCUCGCUCGCUUUCCCGCGACUUUCACGCCACUGCCCCUGCCUCGCUCGACUCGGGCUUGCUCAGACUUGCAGGAGAUUAAACAAUUAAGGGCUUCUGCGCGUGUAUUUCCUUUAACACAGUGGAUAAGAGGUCCAAAACGCCGAGUGGCAUCAACAAACAGCACCAUCAAAGUUGCAAUUAGCAGUGACGCGGACUUGCGGUAGCGCGGCUCGCCGCUUGUUGCAGAGGUUCACGGUUCGAAUUCCAGCGGCCGCCCUGGUGAUUGCUGCGGCGGAAUAACCACAAUAAUACUUAGCACCGCCUGCUUCACUCACGACGGACAUUAAAGAUGCCCUGACGCCGUUCACAAGCAUAAGCCAUUGUGUACCGACGUCAGGGCGUAAAUCUGCCCCACAAAACUCGCGCUCACUUGGAACUCUGCGUUGAAAUUAUCACCCCCAACUGGCGGACGAAUGCCCUUAAGUUCGCACCUGGUUAUGCCAAUUGUGACGUCUGCUGGCCACGUCGAGGGGGCUUCAAGAGUUGCUGUUGUUCCUCCUCCGUUGAAGGAGCGCAGAGUACUACGAUGGGACAUAGUUUGGGUUGCGUGACCACAAUGGCACUGUGGGCUUGUCUUUAAUGUGCCUCUAGGCGUGUACCACAGACUCCGGGUCUCAUCUCUCUGCGUCUCUGGGUUUACGUUAGUACAUAGUUUAGGUUGCAUGGCCACUAGUUCUACUGCGGAUUGUCUCUUGUUUUUUUUGCAUUUAUGAAUUAGACGUGCGUAUGGUUCCUGCCGACGAUGUUGUCUGACGCGGUGGAUGGCCUCUCACGUGAAGCCCCCGCCGUGAAGGACCACGUGCCACCUGUGCACGUGGUGCGAGUGCGCCGAGACCCGUUAAAGCGCCCCGCGCCGCGCGCGCGAUUGGCCCGAGCGCCAGCUUAAGGCCCCCGCCCCUCCCACGCGAUUGGCUAAUCGCGUUCGAAGCGUUCAACGAAGUGGGCGGGGCGGUUUGACGGAAUCGAUUCUGUCGAGUCUCGUGGAAUGCUGGAAUCGAUUUUUCAAUUCACCUAAUCCCGUCGGUGAGACGCGCGUCUCCGACAACGAUGACUCUGCUUUGUUUACCCAGGAAAGCCUCGCCGAGUCUCGAGAAUGUUUCUUCUCUUCAGGAGGGACUCUACCAAGUUGCCCCGGGGUAUGGGGCGGUGUUGCUGCUGUGGUCCGCGCUCCUUUGACGCGGGAGAAAGAGCAGCAACUGCGUUAAUCACGACGACAAGGGGGACGUCCAAAUCAGCCGGUUACCAUCACCAGCCACGGCGAGUCCACUGCUGGACGAGGGCCCUGCCCACGGUGUGGGGGUUUGUGUGACCAGACUCCACGCCGGUCACUGCGUGCCGAAGUUACUGCACUUCUAAGUACAACAAUGGAUUUAGCUGCACUUCAUUCAACGAAAGUUUCAAUUUAAAAAAAUGACCACCUCGGUUGUAGGGUUCAGUAAGCCACUGUGCUCCGAGUCGGCGGGAUGUUUGUGUCUGGUCACGUGAGUCAUCCAGCAGUGGAUAAGUCAUGGAUGUUUAUUAUGACGCAUUCCUGACGGUGGUGGUAUUGGACUCUGUACCCAAACAUGUAACGUUGAACCAACAGUUCCAACAACACCGCCAACGUUGGCUCAACGUUCGCGGGUUUAAUGGGUUCACACGAAAGUGCACUUACAAACGUAUACAGUACUUAUACUGUACAUACAUUUACCAUAACUACACUCGCCUGCACGAAUACAGUAGUUACACAUGUACAUAAUUGUAUCAACAUAUCCAUAAAAAUAAACUCAUACUUUAAAAACAAGA